AAUUCGCAUCCUUCCCCGUCCAGUUGACUGACGGACGCUCCAAUUUCCAGAUCGACACGGCGGCGGCGGCGGCGGCCCAUUGACCAGCGGCUCCCGCGCUAGCUUGCCUUGCCGCGCCUGCCGACCUCGCCCGCCACCGUCCCUGUCCGUCUCUCUCUCAGCUCAGGUGAUUCCGGCCGCUGGCAAUGGGCGCCCACCCUUACGCGCCGGCGGACCUCGACCUCCCGGGCUACGUGCCACUGCGGCUCUCGCAGCUCGAGAUCCUCGUCGCCUACAUCGCCACCUCCCUCUUCGUCCUCCUCGCCGUCUGGCUCGUCUCCGGAAGAUGCCGCAGACUGUCCAAGGCCGACCGCUUGCUCAUGUGCUGGUGGGCUUUCACCGGGUUGACCCACAUUAUCAUCGAGGGGCCCUUCGUCUUCACCCCGGAUUUCUUCACCAAACACAACCCCAAUUUCUUCGAUGAAGUCUGGAAGGAGUACAGCAAAGGUGACUCGAGGUACGUCGCCAGGGACACCGCCACCGUCACGGUCGAAGGGAUCACCGCUGUCUUAGAAGGCCCUGCGUCACUACUUGCAGUCUAUGCUAUCGCAUCUGGGAAGUCCUACAGCCAUAUCCUCCAGUUCACCGUAUGCCUAGGCCAGCUCUACGGAUGCUUGGUCUACUUCAUUACCGCCUACUUGGAUGGCUUCAACUUCUGGGUCAGUCCAUUCUACUUCUGGGCGUAUUUCAUCGGCGCAAACAGUUCAUGGGUUGUGAUACCGACACUGAUUGCCGCAAGGAGCUGGAAGAAGAUCUGCGCCGCAAUUCACCAAAGUGACAAGGUGAAGACUAAGUAAUGCCUGCCAUAGGGAGGGUUUGGCUGCUCGCAACCUGGACACACACUGAACUGUGGAAACAUUGUUUGCUCUGGACACCGAGAUUCUCUUGUGUUCUACUAGAGAUAUGCUUUCGUUUAUCCUUCACAAACAACAUUGUCACAUUCUCUCAAACAACUAUGUAAUACAACUGGAUUUGUGCUUCCCCAUCGAAUUGGGUUGCUGCUUAUUCUUUUUAAUAAAAAGUAUUGCCACCAUGAAAAUCCUUCCAUGGUGUGUGCAACACAA